CGGUGGGCCAAUGGAGCGGUGGGCCGGGCGUACGCGCUGUGCUGGAGGAGGCAGGUUGCAGCCCCGCUGGGCCUCGGGAGCAGCUGGUCCGAGUCCGCGUCCUGGAGGUCGGAGAACGCUCAGGUAUGCUCUCUGGGCUCCCAGCAAUGGAGCUGAAGGUGUGGGUGGAUGGCGUCCAGCGCGUGGUCUGUGGGGUGUCAGAGCAGACCACCUGUCAGGAAGUGGUCAUCGCCCUAGCCCAAGCCAUAGGCCAGACAGGCCGAUUUGUGCUCGUGCAGCGUCUCAGGGAGAAGGAACGGCAGCUGCUGCCCCAGGAGUGUCCAGUGGGUGCUCAGGCUACCUGUGGACAGUUUGCCAGCGAUGUCCAGUUCGUCCUGAGGCGGACAGGGCCCAGCCUUGCUGGAAGGCCCUCCUCAGACAGCUGCCCACCGCCUGAACGCUGCCCAAUCCGCGCCAGCCUCCCUUCGAAGCGCCGACCAGCACUAGGCCAUGAGCCCCGGAAAGCACUGACCUUCAGUCUGGGGUGCCCUGGACUGGCUCUCAGUCCCACUCUGUCUGAGCCUGUGGCCCCCAUGGCACCAGCACUGGGCCACUGCACAGACCUUCAGAGCCUAGAGAGAAGGGUGCGCAGGAAUGCAGCUGAACUGGGCCAGGAGGCCUUCUGGGAACAGGAGCUGCGGCGGGAACAGGCGCGAGAGCGUGAGGGGCAGACACGCCUGCAGGCUCUGAGUGCAGCCACUGCGGAGCAUGCUGCCAGGCUGCGGGCCCUGGACGCCCAGGCCCGGUCCCUGGAGGCCAAGCUACAUCUGGCUACAGAGGCCCCAGGGCCACCCUCACCCACAGCAUCUGCCACAGAACGACUGCGCCGGGACCUGGCUACCCAAGAGCGGCAGAGUGAAGAGGUGCAGGGCAGCCUGGCCCUGGUGACCAGAGCCCUAGAGGCUGCCGAGCAUGCCUUGCAGGCCCAGACCCAGGAGCUUGAGGAGCUGAACCGGGAGCUCCGUCAGUGUAACCUGCAGCAGUUCAUCCUGCAGACCGGGGCUGCAGUGCCGCACCCCCCACGCCCACGGCCAGACACACAGGAUCUUCUGCCUCUGACCAGAGAAGAGCCCCUCAUGGGAGCCCCCCGGAGUUCAGCCCUAGUGUCCAGCCUAAGCUCAGAGAGUACGUCUGUCUCCCCCACUCUGGGUGGGACAAGGUCCUCCUGUGGCUCCUGCAGCCUCCUCAGCUUGUGUCCUCCCCACAGUUGUCCCCAUGAGGAAGAACUCCUGGAGGUAGCAGCUCUUGUCCCAAAGUAGACACCACUGCCAGCCCAGCCCUGGGCUCUGAUGACAUGGGCAAGGCAACUGAGGCCAGCCCAGCCUGAAUGACGGAAGGAGAGUCAGUGGUCACGGAGGUUCUUUCCCCAUGCAGUGGGCUGCCCUGGGCCCAAAGAAAAGCACCGAGGAGCCCUGUGGUUUUCCGCAGGGCAGAGGGGGAAGCUGAGGACUCUUACCCCAGUCCUCACCAAGUGUGCCAAGCCCCCUGGAGAGGCACAUGACAUGGCCAGCUCAGACUCACUAGGACCCAAAGGCUACAACUCCUUACUUGGGACAGGAGAUGCACAGAUGCUAUGUUUGACCUGUGGGUAUGUGCUCACAUGUGGGAUGUGUCCUUCACCCUGUGUGUGUGUGCUGCCUCCCCUGCCCCAACACUAAGACCUCAAUAAACCGCCCAGAGUGGUUGAGUGUG